AUGAGUCCCAGACAUAACAAAGUCAAGGAAAAACAUUCUCACUCACCUCUUUCCGACGCGUUUCUUUCAGUCAGCAGCAUCUCAAAGGUCAUCGUGUCGUCUGGUGCCCAAAGACGCCACGUCGAUACAUUCAAGCCGCUCGACGCACACAAGACCCCUCAAAACGACGACCUCGACUAUCACAACGUUGUCAGUGAGUCCCAGUAUAAUGAAAUGACAAAAAACUGCGCACUCACCUCAUCCCGACGCAUUUCUUCCAGCCAGCCACCCGUCGAAUGCCAGGUCAUCGUUUCGGCUGACCCCCAAAGGCGCCACGUCAACACAAGCACCCUUGCCGCACACAAGACCCCUCAAUACCACAACCACGACCAUAACCAACCGCGUUCGCUGGUGAAGAUGCACAACAACAUUGUUCGGCUUCUUGAAUGCCAGGCCAUCGUGUCGUCUGGUGCCCAAAGUGAUGCGUCAGUGUAG